CUUAAUAAAAGUAGUUUUUUCACUGAACCUGUACAUUCAAUGUCGUCGUUAGGGAUUGCAUAUGUAAGCAAUCUCAGUGAUAAUGAAGAAAUAUUUGCAAUCACAAACUUAAUUAGCAAAUGUAUUUUUUUGCCAAUAGGGGAUAGGGCAGUCAUUGUACCAAUUUUACAUUAUUUCUAAAAAAGGGUGACCACUUGAAGAAUGAAGGGAAUGAAGAAGAGUUUUGUAACGAAGGCAUCGCAAAAGGAAAUGUUCUGCGAUUCAGAUAAGGUGAAUAACCAGCUAAAAGCAAAAUGUGCAAAACUUGAACUUGAGAACGAGGAGCUAACUAAGUUCCUGCAAGAGCUAAGAGCAGAUAUCUCACAAUUAAAAACAGAUGUAUCAACAAUAAAAAAUAGUACGGCAACCCAAGGUGUGAUUCUCGAAAAACUUGUUCAGAAGGUCUUACCAAAAACAUCAAAUUUAACCAUUUUGCCGUUCAAAACGAUUGAAGAGAUUAAGUCUGCAGACAACAUUUUAUCGCAGUAUCCUCGGGACGAAUUGGUGGCAUACGUACGCAAUACCGUAGGUGUUACUCCGAUAAGAAAAAUUGUUCCUUUCUUAUUUGCUGAAUCUACUAUGCCUUUCAUUAAUUGGGAUGGUCGUCACCAAAGAUUUGCAAUCAACUGUAGUCACGCAUACUUUGGUCAUGAUGACUAUAAAAAAGAUAGUGAUGAAGAUUUGGAAGCACCAUCACUGCAAAGUAAUGGGAAACGUUCAUAUAAAACCAGUGCAAGCAUUGUGAAGAAGUACCGUAGGAAAUGUCCAAAAUUGGAAAAUGACUUUGAAUUAGGCUUAGAUAUUAUGGAGGACACCGAUUCGGAUGAUGGCAUUAGUAUUUUCAAAAACCCCCACUCAUACGCACAGAUAUGA